AUGUUCGUUGAACGCUCGAAGGUGGAAUCAGUUCUGUUUGUUCCUGUCCUCGAAGAUCAUCUCUCGUUUGGGGUUCCAUCAUCCGGCUGGUGCGAGUGCAACGGGAAAGGCAACAUCUGGUAUCGUUUCAACAUGUCGGAGGCGCAAGAAAUUGAUUCACCGAUCGCGAAGAGCGAGGAGAAGUUCGGUAAUACCGAUUGCACGAGGAAUCCGGAUAUAAAUGAAAUCGAGAAGAGUUCGUCGACCGAAGAGAAGACAGAAAGUCGAAAAUCGGAGAGCUCCGAAGAGCCAAGAAAUGGGGAAGAGACGAAAGAAAAGGAUUCGUCGGUGCCAAAUGACGAUGGUGCUGCGUCGAGAACGCCGGUGAAGAAUUGCGCCGCUCCGAAGAGAGACGAGAGCGCGAUCGUCGAGCCAGUCGUCAUCGAUGAGCAGCCACCAGCUUCACCCACGAGCAAUGCGCUCGAUCGAAACAAAGCCGGUGAGUGCAAUUUAUUGCCAGUAUUAGUAGAACGAUUGCGUUCGGCUCUGGAGCAAUCGUGCUCCAGUCAGAACAGCAGCAACAGCGCCAGCGAGGAGCGGAGUAUUCCACCGGAAGAUUCGAGCGUCGAUUCUGAAGAAGAUCUUCGGGUAUGGGCGAGCGGACUUUGCAGCUCGAUGCAACAACCCUCCCAGCAAUUGAGCGACUUGGAAAGCCCCCGAGGACUCAAAUUAGACUUGAAGUUUUUGGAAGACCUUUUGCUCUCCGAUAUACAAACGGCUCUGGGCCGCUUGCAGGAAACUUUAAUGCGCGUUGACAUCGGUACCCUGACGAGAUACAGCUCGACCCUCGAUCCGACCAACAAGCUCAAUCUUCUCAAACUUAUAUCCAGCCUUUUAGCCAAUUUGAAAAUACCCGAAGAAUCCAUCGCGGCGCCGGAUAAAUCCACGAAAAACACUGCCAGCCCACCGCGAAGAAGACGCACCGACAGACACACCAUCGGCGUCAGCUCGGAGGAACUCGCACGCGCGAGAAAGUGGCUCGAAGAUAAAAACGCCAGCCCAGCACCUGUUGUCGAGCCAAUCAGCGACCUUAAUCCUUCCUCUCCCGCUGAUAUUGACACAAGGAGAAAUCUCGAUAAUAACGAUACUCGAGAUAAGUGUGAGAACGUUGCGACCAAGGGAAAUCCGAUGGAGAGACUCGUCGAUCCUCAGUGUCAACAGUUCGUCGACAAAGUGCCUGAAAAAUACAUGAAAGAUGCUUUGAAUCAACAACAGUCUUUGCAGAACAGAAGCGGCAAAGAUGUCACGAGAGAAAUCGUCUACCCGGAGGGAUCGGGCAUCGCUAAUUCUGGACCUAAACUCUCCGAGGGGAAUUACAAGGACGACAAUACGAUAAUAAACGAAGAAUUCGGAAUCUCAGCAUCUUCUCUCUAUCACCAAGGCAACGGUCAAGCCAAGUGUAACAAAUUCAUGGCUAAGAAAUCGAAAAUCAAACGUGCCAAUACGAUAGACAUACCGAAUUAUUUAAAGCUCCAAGCCGAGAGCUUGGCCAGUGGACACGGUGGUGUUGGUGGCUCGUUAAGAAGGCCCAUUAAUAUCGGUGACAGAUACUCCUGCAACACGGGCAACGUUGUGCCCUCGUUCGAGCCAAAAACUGAAAACGACAGAAAAUUUCUCGCUCUCAUCAACAAAAACAACGAAGCGGCUGCUCUUCCGGCUAACUCUUCUCUGCCUUUCAAGAGCUUCAAUUACCGACAGAUCGCUGCUGUUGCUGAUAAAAAUUGGAACAGCAGGUUCUCCAACAUCAAAACAACGUUCGACAAACCCCGGGUGAAUGGCCAGGACGAAAACCCCGUGCCUCCGGGAACUAACGUCGUCGUCGGCUCCCUGAGACUUCCCUGUAAACAAAAACCUCUCGGCUUCAGUCAUGCUCCAACUUCGCCUUUUCGAAAAAUCGAAAAACCUAGCAAAGACGAAAUGACACCAGGGUUUUUGAAGCCAGGAUACUUGUCGCAAAACGGUAGCACCCUCAGAGCCAAAGUGAAGAUGUUCGAUCAGGAAAAUGUCGACUCGUCGAUCCCUUCGACAAAUUCACCUUUGCCAUCGACGAAAACUCGAGCGAAGCAGCAACAGUUGAGCACGAAGAGAACGCCGAACGUGUUUCUGGAGGGUGAACAGGAUCGAAAAAUCAACGACGCUUCGGAGCGAUCGAGGUUGUCGGAAAACGGGCAUUUGAAUUAUCAUUCCUUCUGCAAGCAAUUCGCACCGUUCGCAACGAAAAAUCCCUCGGAGAAUCACAAGUCCGGUCCUUGGUCGAACGGAGUUGGUAAAGCGUCGAGAAAUCCACAUUUCGAAAAGCCUCGGGAAAAGUUUGAGCCCCGAGAAGGAAAAGUAUCUCUGAAAUUCCCCGAGGAAAAGAGGAGAGAACCAAAGGUCCCAGCGACUUAUCAAACGUCUGAUUUCGGCGAGGCUCACAGUGAGAGAAAAGAAAAGGUCCGGCAUCGUAAACAAUUGUAUGGGAAUUGCGAAGACCUUGCGAAUGAAAACGGAACGAAAAAGCCUCGUGAAAUCGUCGCUUAUCCGUUCGAGAUAAAUUACCACAAACGUCCAACGUUUGGCAAAAAAUAUCGUGAGGCGACCUCGGAAAAGGGAGAUUACGAAGAUCCGGAAAUCCAGCAGCAUCCUCCGCCCUCCGUUCCGCCUUUUUCGACGCUGCAGUACACCAAAUCUGGUCUCCAAUCGAGGAAAACUCCGUCUCCACCACCACGGAAUAUUUUCUCGACCCAAAGUGUCGCCGUACAGACCCAUCAGACCGAACCGGUCCCUUCGAUUUAUCCGAGCGAGCCUCGUCCCAAUUUCGCCCCGAGGGAAGAAGCGAUUCAACGCAGAGCAGUUCCUCCUCCUCCUCCUCCUCCUGUGCCUAAUCCCAUGGACCAUUGUCCUCUUUAUCAAUCCCGAAAUUUGUCGAACGAAGAAACGAGGAAGCGGGAAGACGAGUCGAGGACGUUGAGUGCCUCGCGACAGUACCCCAACGACGUUUACCAACGAUCUUCGUCACAGCGUGACACGGAUUUGCCUCAAUUUGUAGCUCAUCGGCCUAACUAUGGGAUCCAAGGUCGUCCGACCCCGCCGCAGAGCGUGACAGCACCCAGUCACGUUUCUCAUCCAACAAGUCAUUAUCCUCCGAGCGUAGAUUACAAGAGCCCAUAUUAUCCGAACGUCGAGCAGCACGAGACGACGUAUCCGCUGGAGAGUAAUUUUGGCAAAUCAGCUCCACCGCAAGUUCCAGCACGUGCUAAUCAAGCUCCGCGAAAGCAGUCGAUCCCAUCGGUUCUGAAAAAUCAACAAGAAGAUCGUUAUGACAAGUACGAGGACAGACCAUGCGAGAAUGAACCUAAACACGAUGAUUCACAGAGUUACUCCGAUUACAGUGACAAAAUUUUUUAUCGUGAUACUCAAAAUCCCAUUUACGUUCCACCCUCUCCUCGGAACAUGACCGAAAGAGAGAGAUUUAACGAGGAAGCUUCCAUCGAUCCUACGCUCGAUAGCAUUAAGCCCGAGGAGCCAAAAUCGUUCGGUGACGAGAUCGAAUCUGCCGACAUAGCCGAAGACCGCUCGUUCAUCGAGGACGAGAACAUUGAGAAUCAAGACAUAAGUUCAACGGAGGGCGUGGUGACCAGAUACACUUGUGCCAUCGCGACCGUCUCUCCGGUUCCCGAGAGCCCGGCGCUCUCGCCACAGCCCACAUCACCAAAAGAGAUUCUCGAAGAUCUCGCAUCCCUCAGGAAUUUUGAAGAGAGUUUGCCCGUGAAUCGACGUCCGAAAGAGAACGAAGCCUCUUUUCCGGCGUUUUAUCGGGACGAGGAAUCCGCUUUGGAUCAAGCCAGACGUCACAAUCUCUUGCAACAGAAUCUCAUACGACAAAUCCAAGGAGAACAGUCCGGCGUUGCCAACAUGGCCAGAAGACUUUCUCAGGAAACUCCUCACAAUCCUACGACGCCGAGCAAUCUUUACUAUCCUGCUAAACAGUACAUGGAACAGGCGCCGAUACCGAACGUUCCAAGGAGCGCAGUGUCUCAAGAAAAGCUUUACGGAGACGAGCCUGGCACUGCGAGUCUCAGGUAUCCCUUGAAAAGCACAGAAGAUGAUCGGAGUCGUAACGUUCCAAGAAACAUCCUGUCCCAAGAGAAGCUCUACAGGGACGAGCCGAGCUGCGGGAAUCUCAGGUAUCCUGUGAAAAUGCUCGAGGACGAGCAGCAUCGCAAGGCUCCGAGGAACCUCUUGUCGCAAGAGAAGCUCUACAAAGACGAGUCGACGUUCGGGAAUCUCAAGUAUCCUUUGAAAAUGUCAGAAGACGAGCAUCAUCGGAAUUUCCCCAGGAACGUAUCGUCCCAAGAGAAGCUCUACAGGGAUGAGCCGACCUCCGGUAGUCUCAGGUUCCCCUUGAAGCUGCAAGAAGAAGUGCAAAAUCAAAGCGUCGAGCCCAUAAUCGAGAGUAACAAUACUCAGGAUAAAAUAAAUAUAUUCGAGGAAAGGAACAGUUCGAUGAAAAAGCACCUGCAUCAAUUCAAGCCCCUGAGUAUUCCUCGAGCCGACAAGGAGCCGUUUGUUCCUCCGAAAAUAAACGUCGUCAGUCCCUCGAAAGUGUUCACUCCAAGUUUCAAGGGGGACGGAGAUUCGCGUCGUACGAUCGGGGCCAAAUCGUCUCAGAGGGUUGCGUCCAGCGGGGUGGAUUCGAGCGACGAAUAUUUGAUGUCGUGCGCAAGUAAGCCAUCGAGAUCGAUCGUCCUCUCGAAAUCCGAGUCCUGGCAUCAACUCGCCAUGGCGAAAAACACCCUGCAAGUGCCUCAGGCUCAACCGUGCGCUCUACUCAAACCACCAAAACCAAAAUCCCCUUCGUCCCUGAAACUCUCGAAGCAAUACGAAGCGUCCUCCUCUUCGGACGCGAUAAGAAAAAUGGAAGAAAAAAUCCAGCGAUACUUUCAAGGCCCUUCCUCCACCGGGCAAGCGCCGGAUUCCCCGCUCGCCGCGAGAAGAGAUCCGAAGAACAAACGUUUCAGCUCUCGCAAGAGCCAAGGCAGCCUCAUGAGGAGCCAAACCAUGCCGCACAUCUUCGACGACGCCACCGACGUCGAGAAAGCCUUCGAUAGCCUCUUCAAAGAGGCCACCCGUUCCGACAAUCGUUACUAAGAAAGAGAAACAAAAAAACAUGACUAUUAGAAUCAUACGAUACCCUUGACGAAUCUUCGAGUGACGCAAGAUAAAUAAAUUGUUAUACGUAUAUAAAUAUCAUUUUGAUAAAGAAAAAAAAACACCGCCGUGCGUUAUGAAAAUAAAAAAGAUGAUAACAAACGAGCGAGCCAUCACUAUAAUUGUACAAAUAUUUCUUUCGCAAUACCGAGUCAGAGUUAUGUUAUUUUUCUUACUGAUUCGCUGAGUUAUUUUAUUUGUUCGAAUGAUAUUUUCACUCGCGGAUAAUAACGAGAGCGAUAAAAGGGACAAACUUAUGCGAUAAACGAACGAAAAAAAAGAGGCCGAAUUGAAAAAAUAAACGUCGGUUAAGCGCA